UUCUUUCUCUCUCUCUUUCUCCUCCUUCCCUCCCUUCCUCCCUUCUUCCCUUCCUUUCUUCCCAUUGCCCCUUAUUAUUAUUAUACCAUUCCCUGCCAGAGCCAGGCCGGAUGCCGGUGGCUGCGGUGGGGGGCCACUUCCCAGCCGGACACUGGCCCUUCCCUGGCCUCCACCAAGACCCACAACCCCCAGCAGCUCCAAGGGGGGACCCCAGGAGCCCCCCACCAGGACGGUGGGGAGGCCAGGGGCAGGACAACAACAACAACAGCAGCAGCAGCAGCACCACCACCACCCCCAGCUUCUGCGAUGUCCCCUUGGCCCCCUUCUUCCUCCUCCUCCUCCUCCUCCUCCUCUUCCUCGCCCCCCACCCAGCCCCCCAGGACCCGAUCCCGGUCCCGAUCCGGCUUCUUCAGCCCCCUGGCCAUGAGCCAGAACAACCCCCACCACCCCCACAGCAGACCCCCCGCCACUGCAGAGCAUUUCCAGCCCCCUCCUCUUCCUCCAGCCCCACCAGCCCCCCAUCUCCAUGGGGCUGACUUGGGGGUCCGGAGCCAAGGGAGAGGGAGCCCCGCUGCUGGGCACGGAUACCCCCCCAGGGCCCCCCCAGGAGCCAGGGCCCCGCUGCCUCCUCUUCCUCCGCCUCCUCUUCCUCUUCCAGGUGGCAUUGGUGCUUCCUUCCAGUGCCAGUUGAUCCAUCAAGACCACAUCUGUACUGAUGACAGUGACAAGAGUGAAGAUAGUCCAAGUCCCAAGAGACAGCGCCUUUCUCAUUCAGUCUUCGACUACGCAGCAGCAUCACCAGCCCCAUCACCACCAAUGCGACCAUGGGAGAUGACAUCAAAUAGGCAGCCUCCUUCAGCUCGACCGAGCCAACAUCACUUCUCAGGGGAACGAUGUAACACACCUGCACGCAACAGAAGGAGCCCUCCCGUCAGACGCCAGAGAACAAGAAGAGAUCGAUUGUCUCGGCAUAAUUCCAUUAGCCAAGAUGAAAACUACCAUCUUCCCUAUGGACAACAACAAGCAAUAGAAGAACCCCGAGCCUUCCAUCCACCGAAUGUAUCUCCCCGUUUGUUGCACCCAGCUGCUCAUCCACCACAGCAGAAUGCAGUAAUGGUUGACAUACAUGAGCAGAUCCAUCAGGGCACAGUGCCUGUUUCGUAUACAGUGACCACAGUGGCGCCACAUGGGAUUCCACUUUGCACAGGUCAGCACAUACCAGCUUGCAACACACAGCAGGUCCCAGGUUGUUCCGUGGUUUUCAGUGGACAGCAUCUCCCUGUCUGCAGUGUGCCUCCCCCAAUGCUUCAGGCAUGUUCCGUUCAGCACCUACCUGUUCCAUAUGCAGCUUUCCCACCUCUUCUUUCUAGUGAUCCAUUUCUUUUGCAUCCUCCACAUCUCUCUCCACAUCAUGCUACACACUUGCCACCUCCAGGCCAGUUUGUUCCCUUCCAAACACAGCAGUCACGGUCGCCUCUUCAAAGGAUAGAAAAUGAGGUAGAGUUGCUUGGAGACCAUCUUCCUGUGGGAGGUUUUACCUAUCCGCCUUCAGCCCAUCCACCAACAUUGCCUCCCUCAACCCCUCUCCAGUUCUUAGCGCACGACCCUUUACACCAAGAGGUGUCGUUUGGAGUACCUUAUCCACCUUUUAUGCCUCGAAGACUCACAGGACGCAGCCGAUACCGGUCCCAGCAGCCAAUACCACCACCCCCAUACCACCCCAGCCUUUUGCCAUAUGUGCUAUCAAUGCUUCCAGUGCCACCCACAGUGGGCCCAGCCUUCAGUUUUGAGCUGGAUGUGGAAGAUGGCGAAGUGGAAAACUAUGAGGCAUUGCUGAACUUGGCAGAAAGACUGGGAGAAGCCAAACCAAGAGGACUGACAAAAGCAGAUAUUGAACAACUUCCAUCCUAUAGGUUCAACCCAAAUAACCAUCAGUCAGAACAGACUCUGUGUGUAGUGUGCAUGUGCGACUUUGAGUCGAGGCAACUUCUUAGAGUUUUACCAUGUAACCACGAGUUCCAUGCCAAGUGUGUUGAUAAAUGGCUUAAGGCAAAUCGUACCUGCCCUAUCUGCAGAGCUGACGCUUCAGAAGUGCAUCGCGAUUCAGAAUGACCGGUCUAAGAGCACAAUUCUACUUUGGGUGUUCCUAGUCACAUGUGUAUAUAUAUAUAUGAACUCUCCAUUGAACUUAAACCGUGUGGCUUCCAGCCUUCCCUUAUACGAAAGGGUCAAUGGACCUUUCUUUGCACUGUGUGAUUUAAUCAACUAUAAAGCUUAUAAUUAGUCUUCACAAUUAUGGGAUUGUUAUACUAACUGUGUGAUUGGAACUCCAAAGAUUUUUUUUUCUUUUAGCUUAAUUUCGUGUGUGCACUAACAUUCCCUGGUUUUUGUGUGAUCAUUCCGAGUGUUGCUGCGAGAUUACAGUGGAAAGUGAUCUUCUAGCAUGUGCUUUUAUAUUAAAAAAAAAAAGUGGUAGCUCCAAACAAUAUAGCAAUCUACCUUAUAUAGAGCCUUCAAAUACUGUGAGUGGGAAUAAACGGUGCGGGUGGGUGCGUUGAUCGCAGGGUGUCUGUGUGUAUGCGGGUGAGCAAGUGAUUGAAUGGUAGUGUGAGAGGACUUAUAUACCAGCAUGUACUGAGGAUGUAUGUGUGUAGUAUUAAUUAUGCUGCAAUGUAUAAUCUUGUGUGUUAUUUAAACAGUACUAGUACUGUACACUGGUUUCUUUCCUUGCGUUUGCAGUUGCACACUGAAUGCUAAGGGUGCAGCAAUUAUAGACAUUUGAUACUUCAUCCCCCCUUCCAUAUAUUUAAUAGUAUAAAAAGGCCUUUUUGCUUUCAUUCAGACAACUGUUAUGCUUCUCAUUAAUUGGAGACCUUAUGUCUGUCAUUAUACUGAUUUUUCCGUUAUUCCAAAUAAUUACAUAGCCUUGUUCUUGGGCUGCUGGAAUUUCCAUUUUUUUAACACAUAUUUGCAGCAUUGCACAGCCAGGUAGCAAUAUUAAAAAUUCUCGAGUGAUUAAUUAAAGCUGAUGUUGUCCUCUCUUCCUUUUUUUAAAAGAAAAAAUCUUCCAGCCAUUAUUGGUUCUUUUCUGUUGAACUCUGAAACUGGAUUUUUAUUUGAGAUACUGAAGAUGCAUUUUGUUCCAUUUUUGUCCAUAAAAAAAAAAAGAGAGGACUUUGGAGAGUCUUGUGCAAAUGCUUCUUGUAUUGUUGUCAGUACACCUGCUUAAAUACAAAAUUUAGCUUACAAAAACUGGCACUAAUUUACACUCCUUGCCAUAGACAAGUACAAUUAAAAUUAUUUUUAAGAGAGACAGAGAGAAAUAACCUCUCGUCUCUUUAAAAUUCUGUAACCUCAUAAAUACAAUUUGUAGCACUUUCUUAGAGAUAAAGCAUAUGGAUUCACCUACUCCAGCCAUGGUACCGUUUCAAUACUUUACUGCCUGACAGAAAUGUCCCAGGAUAGAGUUUCUAGUUUUCUGUGCCUGAUAGCAGGAUUUUAUGAGAUGUUGAAGCAUCCUUGGUGUCAUAUGGCUAGUAUGAAAAAUAUUCAUGUUGGAAAAUGGGCUGGUGUACAAAAAUCAAGGAAAAUAUAAUAAAUGCAUUGCCCUUUAAACUGCCUCCUGAAUGAUGAACUGGGAGAAAAUUGGCAUCACUUACCAUUGUAGACGUGGCAUUUUUUACUAUAUUUCAAUAUGAGACUACAAAUUAUUACCGUUGUCCACCCAAGAGAUGCACAUUUGUUUUUUGCAUUGUUUUUCUUCAUGUUUUUUAAGCGCCAUAACUUUUGGUUGCAACAGCACAAGCACUGCAGCUACUUAAUAUGGCUGUAACCUGCUGCCUGUCAGCUUUUUAUGUUCCUUCUUGUGUCCUUUUCUAAGGCUUUUGUAUGCUGCUAUAUGUUAUGUCUGUUUAUUCCUCCAGAACAGUGUUGUGAAUUGUCCUUCUUUCUGAAGGCUCUGCUGACCAAUCGCAGCUUGUGGUUCUGCAAAAUUAAAAAGCACAAUUUCUCUCCCACCCACCCAUUUCUUUCAGGAUACUGUUUGCCUCUGUUUAGUAGUUAGUCGCCUUAGUCUGUCCAUAGUGUCAAGAUCUUAAAAGCUAAUGAAACCAUUUAACAUACUGUGUGUGACAUUUGCAAAUGUUACAUUUUUUUUCCUUAGUUAUGUUCUCCAAGGAAUUGUCUCAACAUGUCAGAGAGGUUAAAUUGCACAUAGUAACCUUUAUUUUUUUAAACAAACAAAAUCAUGGGUUGGGAGGUGGGCAGGGAGAAGCCACAACAUGUUUUACAGUACUUUGGGUCUUUUUUAUAUUGCUGGACAAAAAGAUUUUUACCUGUACGAAACUAAUCAUAACACUACCCCACUCGGUGUCUACUGUCAAAGCAGAAAUAAGGCACUUUCUCUUAAAAAAAAAAGUGACAAGGCACAUAGUACCUGAUUCUGAGAAGUGACUCCUCAGGCCAGAAUUGGAUCUGUGUUGCAGUGCAGCAAUCAGUCUCUUGCUUUCUAGUUCCAGUUGAGCAAGGCUGUUGGAGGAUGUAUAGGACUGUUGCAGAGAACAUAUUGGUGGCAUACUAGAGUUCAUUGUUGCACUCUUGUGGCUGAUCUCUGAACGGCUCCUGUUUGCAUGGGGCUCUUGCAAAUCUCUGUGGAUCUCCUUCCUGUGGUCAAGUGUGAGAGAGACACAUGCAUGGCAUUCUGAACUCGCUCAGUCUGACUGCUGUGGGAUUCUCAGCCCAGCUGCUGUCGGCAAAAGCGGGGGAUCCAUGCUCAGCUGUUAACUGCCAUGUGUUAUGCACAUUUGUGUGUCCAGUUCCACAACCCUCAUGGGUGCCCAACAGCACCAGAUUAUGUUGGGUUCCCUUUUCCCCCCUCCCACAUUGUCCCUACCUCUCCCAUUAAAGGAAGAAAAAAAAGUUGGCUUUAUCAUGUUCGCACUGCUGGGGUUUUAUUUGCAUGAAUUGUCAACUUAAUUUGAUCUUCUUCUGGCUUUUUAAAAAUAUAAAAUGGGUAUAAAGGCCUUUUGGAUAUCUCUGAAGGUCUUAUUUUGUGGCUUUCUUUACAGAUUAUUUUGUGCAAAGUAAAUUUUUUUGUAUAGAAUUUUUUGUACAGUCUCCAGAAUGUGAUUAUUUGUUGCAGCUGUUAACAUUUCCACCUGUAAUAUUUUGAACUUAAUUGACUCCUUUAUUUUUGCUUUCCAAAAACUCAUUACAACUCAGUUAUUGGUAGGCCUAUCUAGGAGAGCUACGGUUCUCUGUUUUCUUCCACCCCCUUUGGUACCUUCAGUUACCUCAUUUUGCUAUUUUGUGUUGCAGACUUGCUAAUGAUUAUGAAAGCUUAUGGGUUUUGUUAGAAUCAUAUUUGUCAAGUGUUUUCUUUAAAAUCAUACUCCAUUGUAUCAUUUAACAUGUAGUUUUAAAUGUAUUAUAAAUAUCUGUAACCAAAUCAUUUGAAGGCUUGAUAAAUUUUUAACAAAAUUUGUACAUUUUUUAUGAGAGUUACUAGUAAUGCUUUACUAAGUAGUGCAAUGAAUUUUUAUUUUUAAUCCCUGUGCCCAAUUUUGGAGUUGAGAGGGUUGUUCAGUAAUAAAUGUAUGAUGUACACUUA